CACAUUUUUGAAAGGAGUUUUUAAAACAGCUUCUUUUUUACCAUCGUCUUAUUUACUUUUGAGUAGGCGUGGAAAAACGUAAAAACGGCAGUGGAAAAAAUGAUCAGAAAUGUGCACGCGGAUGACGCAUGCUGAUGUCACGGACAUGCCUUAUUUGGCUGACCAAUCAACGUCGAGGUCUCAAACAGUGAACCAAUCACAGAGCUUCUUUUCAUCCACGAUCAAUGCGUCACGAACCGGAUGACGAAGCAGUGGCCCUCUGACGUGUUACGGGAUCGUCCAGUGAGAUCGCGGCAAGCUGGUGACGAGAAAUACGUAACUGGGUAUGGACUCCGCCGCAGCCGACGGACUGAGCAUCGCGCCGGACACGCCCAAGGACGCGCUCGACGGCCAGGCGGACGCAAACAGUCCAUCUAACCAGCCUUCGGUCAUUCAGUCAACGCAGCCGGUCCAGUUCAGCAAGAAUAACGUGAUUCUGUUGAACAAGGCCGGCGUCAUACAAACAGCACCCAACUCGAGCGUGCAGAGUCUUCAGGUGGUGGACGCCGAGUCGCUGCCGGCACAGUACGAGGACGAGGCGGCGCGUCGGCGGCGCGAGAUCCUCACCCGGCGACCCUCCUACCGCAAGAUACUCAACGAGCUCGGCGGCGGCGAGAUCUCCGAGGACAAGGGCGACGGGGACGUGGACACGCAGGGCGCGGCCAACUACCAGGGCAACGGCAUCAUCAAGGUGAUCCCGGCCAACACCAUUCAGAUCUCGGGCGCCGACGGUGUUCAGGGCCUCCAGACGCUCAGCAUGAGCAGCGCAGGCACCGGCGGCGGCAACACCAUCGUCCAGUAUACGCAGGGCGAUGGACAGUUCUUCGUGCCCGUGUCAAUCCCGGUGACCGGCAGUCUGAAGCUGGACCAGGGCAGCAGCCAGCACAUGGUCCUCACCUCCUCCGGCGAGGUGGUCGGAGAAGAGGUCACCAAGAAGCGCGAGGUGCGGCUCUUCAAGAACCGGGAGGCGGCGCGCGAGUGUCGUCGGAAGAAGAAGGAGUACAUCAAGUGUCUGGAGAACCGAGUGGCCGUCCUGGAGAAUCAGAACAAGGCACUCAUCGAGGAGCUCAAGUCGCUCAAGGAGCUCUACUGUCAGAAGAAGCUGCCGUGAGCGGUCGCCGGUAGACGGGCACCUGAUUGACGUAAUGUGGCGGUGACUGUGUGGCUUCGCGCGCUGGGAGGACCGGCCUGCGAGGCCCGCUCACCGUACCUGAACUGCGAGAGCCGGCCAGCGGCGACCCGGCCGCACGCGCCGCUCGGAAUGCCUUGAGAGCCGCUGUGCCGCGCCGGACCGCCGCGAGUCCGGUGUUGAGUGUGAUAGCCCGCGGCCGAGCGGCCCGGGUGACCGGUAUGUGUGUGCAUGUGAGGCCCGCGGUGGAGACGCGUUCCAGCCCACCCCGCGGGGGCAUUACCUUCCUGGGGUCCACGCCGGCCGCCGACCGCCCGGCCAGGCCGCAAUCAAAACGAGCGAGCGAGCGCGGCCGUGCCAUCGCCGACCGGGCGGCCCGCGCGGCGGCGCCCGCCCCGCCCCUCAUCAUCGGCGAGCCAUCCGUUCUUCAGAGUGUUCGUGUAUUUUGUAUCAUCAGCUGCGUGUGUUCACAAUACAGGGGGCGGCCCGGCCGGCCGCCGAGGUGGA